AUGCAAAGCCGCCCUAAUGUAAAACUGGGAAUCUUCCAUGUUAUCUAUGGAGCUAUAAUAGAGGUGCAUCAGAAUCUUGUGAAUAAUCUUCAAAAGAAGUUUGAGGUCCUCUACAUUCCUUGUUUGGCUGUGAUGAUGAAGAAGGAAUAUUUCAAGCUUUCCUGCUUCAAAAUCAUGGUUUUUCUCGGCCUCAUCGACAUGGGAAAUAUUGGUUAGUUGUCUUCUAUUACUUCAUGUUCCGAAAGGUCUUCAUGGUAAAAAAAAAUUUGCAAAUAUCUUCUACAGAUACACGCAUAAAGCAAAUAAUAAUAAUUUGCAGAACAGGUGAGAGAAGAGACAGUGCAGGUAAGCGAGAAACUUACAAACAGUGACUUGAUGAGAUCAAAUUUAUUUUGAACAGUGUUAAAAAAAAGGCAUCAGUGACUAAUUUUUCGUUUUUAAAAGUCUUCAUUACUGAGUGACUGUGUUGUGAGAAAGGCCGCAUUCAGAAUGGCUAGUAAAUGAAGAGCGAAGGAAAAACUCUAAUGGGUCUGUAUUGUGAUCAAAUUUUUAAAAAUUUAUUUACUUCAGUGCUUUGGAAAAGUCCAUAUUCGAAUAAGUAUGAGUUAAAAAACUGAUUUAUAUUUUUCCGAUGCUAUUUUUCAACUGUCCUGCUUGAUAUCCUCACUAAAAACACUCCAAUUUCAAGUAGCAAACUCAAUUCUGCACGGAUCUUGGCUCAUAGAAGGCGUCUUUUUCUGCCAGUACCCUACCUUAAUUUACAUUGUUGGGAAUUUCGCGAUUGGUAAGUCCAGGAAAUUCUUUCAAAGCCCUCUAAAACUUUAUUGAAGGAUUCUGGACGUGUGAAUGUAUGUUGGCACUGUUGCUAGCGGCAAAUCGUGUUCUGGAUGUUCUAUGGAAGAAGCAGUUUGAGAUCUUAUUUGGAGGGUUUACGGGAAGGAUCCCAGAAAAAUGA